AUGGCUCUUUUUGAACUGUUGCGUGUAAGUCUAAAAAUCAAAAAUGUAACAAAACCCAAAUUCAUGGAGUCCACACCAUUUUACUGGUGGCGGUAUUUCAACCUGAACCACAAGAGAUACUGCUCGGUGGAUCCGGAGAGCAACGAAAUCACACUGUACGCAAGGGACGUACGGCAUUUGCCAUGUCAUUCACUACAAAGUACAAACGGUGUGUAUUGCUUUAUGGCAAUGAACCGAUAUGGCGACGGCAUCUCAACAAAAUCGAAAUUACCGAAGAAACCGAACAAAAAAACUACGGUCGUUGCGACCUCGACAACCCUGACCAAUAUUCCGGAUUUUUGGGUAUAUAGAUCCCGGUGUAGUUAUUUUCGUAGGGCCGUGUUCCAUGUCCAAAACGCCAUAUCGGAAAUAAAUGUCGUAGUGAAAACUGAAAGAUUUAAACAAACAGCGUGCGCCGAAUACAGACGAGCGAAACUCAUGGGACGCUACGAAAAAUGUCUACUCGACGAUCGUAUGUGUAACGAAAACGUGACCAUUUCGUCGAAUUGUGCAUACGAUUAUGACGAAUCAUCAAGCUACACUGAGUAUCGUUUGAAACAUCACUUAAAAUCACAAAUUGUGUAA